AUGAAUAUCGUCCGACGAAUCGUCAAGCGCCUGCCGUCUGCGCCGGCCCUGGCAUCUUUAGAAGAUGUAUCACGUGAGAAGGGUACAAGAUUGUCCCCCUUGGCUUUUCUUCGACGACGAAUCCGAUUACGAGGCAAUUCGACCGUUUCGAUACCACUGGGUGUUGUGUUAAUAUUUCCUUGUGUUAUAAUUAUUUUAAUCGUGCUUAUCUUUGUGAGACAUCCGUCUUCUUCGGGUGCGCGCGUUCCAGCUGGGUCGCCGCCGUCUAUUAGACGAAUUAGCGAGGAACAUGACAAGGUUUUUGCGACGGGAUGCCUGCCUAUUGAACCAGCAGUGAUUGAUGCCGCCCCUCGAGCCAAUGCAGCAUUUGUCGUCCUCGCACGUAACAAAGAACUCGAAGGUGUUGUUCAAUCUCUCAAGUCAAUUGAGCGUCACUUCAAUAGAUGGUGGCAUUAUCCUUAUGUCUUCUUGAAUGAUGGGGAUUUCGACCAGGUAUUCAAAGACACCGUUCAAAAUUAUACCAGUGGCGAGGUUGAGUUUGGGAAGAUUGAUGAUUCCAUGUGGGGGUUCCCAGACUGGGUAGAUCAUGAAGUUGCCAGGGAGGGAAUCAGGAAACAAGGAGAUGCCGCUAUUAUGUAUGGUGGCAUGGAAAGCUAUCACCACAUGUGCAGAUUCUAUUCUGGAUUCUUCUACAAGCAUCCCCUACUGCUGAAGUAUGAGUGGUACUGGCGGCUGGAGCCCGAUAUCAAGUAUUUCUGUGAUAUUACAUAUGAUCCUUUUUUGAAAAUGGCAGAGGCCAACAAAACGUACGGCUUCACGAUCGCUGUCAAGGAGCUCCGAGAGACAGUGCCGAAUAUUUUCCGUUACGCAUCGGCGUAUAAGCGCAACAAGGGCUUAGAAUCGAAAGGUCUCUGGGAGAUGUUCGUUGAGAAACCCCCGCAAGAGGAAGAAAAAGCCGAUUCCAGCAAGAAAGAGGCCAUCCCUGAGGACCUCGCGGACAUUAAACCUCCAGAGAUCGAUAGAGAGGCUAUGGAGGGUGAAAAGUACAACAUGUGUCACUUUUGGAGCAAUUUUGAAAUUGCUCGACUAGAUUUCUUCCGCAGCAAAGAGUAUGAGGAAUUUUUCGAGAUGAUGGAUCGCAGUGGGGGUUUCUGGAUGGAACGGUGGGGUGAUGCACCGAUUCAUUCUUUGGCUGCUGGUGCGCUACUUGCACCUCGUGAUAUCCACUAUUUCCGAGACUUUGGCUAUCGUCAUACGACGAUCCAACACUGCCCUGCGAACGCACCAGCUCGGCAAUUGACUCGCAUUCCGUAUUAUGAAAAGACAACCGAAGACGAAAAGGCACGGAUCGAAGAAGAUGAUUACUGGGCUUCAUUUGACGCCGUCAAAGAAAAUGGAGUGGGUUGCCGAUGCAGAUGCGAUACAGACAUCGUCGACGUCGAAGGGAAACAAGGAAGCUGCCUCACAGAAUGGGUUGAGGUUGCAGGUGGCUGGGCCUCGCCGUGA